AUGAAACGAGGCAUUGAAGCAGCCUUUGAAGAAAUCAACAGCCUUGGAGGAGUUUGGGGAAGUAAAAAACUUCGGUUGUUUACCUUGGAUGAUGCCUAUGAGCCUGCCAACACAAAAAUCAAUACUGAUUAUUUUCUGUUUAACAUGACACCACCUGCGAACUCGCUCAACCGUGCUCUAUUCUCUAAUGUUUCAAUCAUUGAUACAAAAAUUAGAGAUACAGUUUUCUUUGGUUUGAUCGGUUACGUAGGAACACCCACAGUUCAAGCUGUAUUCCCAAACGUAACUUCCACUGGAAUACCACUCAUAGGAUCGUUCACUGGUGUUGGAUGGCUCAGGACACCGUUUUAUCCCAAUGUCAUUAAUUUAAGAUCUUCAUACGAUGAUGAAACGGCAGCAAUGGUGGAUUGGUUGAUCAAUGUCAAACUCAUUCGAAGAAUAUCCAUCAUGUACCAAAACGAUGCUUUUGGAUUAAGUGGAUUGAAUGGUAUUAAGAGAAGUUUAAUAGAUCGAUUGAAACUUCCUCUUUGUUCGAGCGGUACAUUUCCAAGAAACACUUUAAAUGUUGAGAGUGCUUUCUAUACGAUUGGACCAUGUAAUCCAGAAGCUAUUGUAAUGAUUGGAACCUAUGCACCUCUUGCAAAGUAUAUCAAAAUGGUCAAGGAUGUUGCAUUUAGUAACGACAGUACAUUUGGAUACCAAAAAGCCAACGAUAUCAUCUUUUUGACAGUGAGCUUUGUUGGUUCUGCAGCACUGACAGAAGAUUUAAUCAAAUUUCCAUUACCUUCUCUUCAAUUUGGCUCCACGUACUACACGGACAAUGUGAUUAUUACGCAAGUAGUACCAAGCCCUAUGGAAACCUCAUAUCCCAUUGUUCGUGCUUAUCAGAGAGCUGUCACUAAAUAUUCAACACUUCAAUCACUCUCGAGUUUUACGUUCAUUGAGCUUGAAGGAUAUAUGGUCGGAAAAUUUGUCUACAAUGUUUUUAAACACAUGGUUGGAAACUUGACUCGUUCCAAUUUUAUUGCAUCCAGUUAUUUCGACUUCUCUUCGGAUUAUGCCGAUGAAAGCAAAAGUGGAGGAUUAUUCAUCUUUGAUGGUAUUCAAAUGGGAAGAUACAAAUGGUGUAGCUCUUUGAAUAUAUAUCAAUAUUAUCUCAAUGGCAUGUGGAGUAACCGUACCAACAGUUGUAGUAACUCUGCAGAUUGCAAUCAGGGCCUAAAGAUCGUGUACAUGAGUUCCAUCAAUAUGAAAACAGGAAAUAUUAGUUUUGAUAUUUAUCGAAACUUUUCUUGGUACCAAGAAGGUUCAUGUAUUUCAAAUGUGAAUUCUGUCCUAGUGAAACCAAUAGUCAUUGGACAAUCCAUUCAAAAAGACUCCAUCCAAGAUGAACUUGUAAGAAUUGGAAUAUUGAUAGCCUUUCAACAAAGAAAUAACCAAACCGCAAAGAAUCAAAUUGUGCUUAAAACGCUCUAUCACACCAAUGCAGAGACAUUGAUGAAUAAUACUCGAGAAUUAACCACACUGAAUGAAGCUGUUUCAUUGGUUGCGUAUUCUGCCUCGUCAUUGAGAAUUGAGUCCUCCCUUAAUGGUACCAAUGAUCAAACAGUAUCGAUGGAAACAACAGAAUUCUCAAACAUUGCCAUGAUCGGAGUUUCAAGUAUCAAUUCAUUGGCAUUAAGAAGUCGAUUUUUCAAGCCUCUUAUUCACACUUUUACAUCAAUAUUGGAGCAAUUAGGAACGGUUUUAGAUUAUAAUUUGAAAAUGGGUAGAAGUAGAUUUAGCAUUCUCUAUAGUCAAAGUGAUUCCACAUCUUUUGAGAUUUAUCAAACAUUUGAAACUUUAAUUGUUAAAUUUGGACUGAUCAUUGAUAGUGCGUGCAAUUUGGAUCAAUAUUAUUCUGCAAACAUUUCAAUGGAUUCCGUUUUGAACGCCCUUGCUGGAGAGGAUUCCAAUCCACAAGUAGUAAUUAUUGCUCUGCGAAAUUCGACCAAAACAAUUGAAUCAUUCAUAUCUUCUCUUCAAAAGACAUACAAUAGCAAACCCAUAUUUAGGAAAGGUCUCUAUAUUUACUUGAUGAACUCUUUGUUUGACAAUCACAUUGAGACGGAAUUAUCAUUAGGAUCCAUCAUGAAAGGCGAAAAUAGAUUUUCCAUUCAUUACGUCUCUCACAUUCCAUCCUUUCAUUCGAAUCAAAAGUUAUUCAUGAACGAAUUUAGAACAGCUAUUCAAAACUAUAACGGUUUAAACGCAAACGAUCGUUAUAUUUCACUCUAUCAAAAGGUACUUGAGGGUUAUUUUAUUGGACGUAUGGUUACUAAAUUAGUCGAUAUGAAUCUACAAUCAAAAUCGUCAUUUACUGCUCUAGAUUUUUUGAAUUCAAUCUAUUCAAAAGAUGUUCUUUCUAUGAGUGAUGUUACAUUUGGAAAAUUUAAAGAGGGUACUUGUAAUUUGGGUUAUCGUGAGAACUUUAUUUAUUCCUUCAAUGACACUUCUUCUCAAUUUGAACAACUUUUUGUGAAACUUUAUGAUGCAGAAUCAUGCGGUCUAUUAGAGUAUCAACCCAAAGCAAGAAGCAUAUCAUCAAUCUCCAUCUCAGAAAUUCAACAACCGAUUAUAAUAGCUCGACUUGUUCCAUUUGAGGGUGAUGAGGAUUUGCCUCAAAAUGCCAUGCUAUUACUUUCAGAUGCAGAAAAUAGUGCUAAUUCUCUUACAACUCUAACGAACAUCACUGCGAUGAACACUCAAACACUUGUGGAUGAUGAAUAUGGGAAAGGAUUAGAGUAUUAUUUCAAUCUAUUCAAUAACAAGCCAACCACCAAACAACCUAUUCGUUUUCAUACUGAAUAUUAUUCUAAAAGGCAGGGUAAAAAUUCAAUGGAAAAGAAGGUGAAGAAUAUGAUUGAAAAACAAGGUGUUUUUGCAUUUAUUGGAACACUCUUUUCAACAUUCUCAAACCGUUUCUCAACAUUGGAAAAUCAAGCUCGUAAUAUAAGUCAAUUGUUAUCACGUUACAAUGUUCCAAUGUUCACCCUUUCUCAAGACAUGGAAUUGAGAUGGCCUUACUCGAAAUAUUAUAUUCAUUUAAGACCAUCUAUAUUGGAUGAAACAGCGUCACUGAUUCAUUACUUUAAAAACGUGUUGAGUGAAUCUGUGCUCAUUGUAUAUCCAAAUAGACCUGAAUGGACAAGUCAGGCCAUUCCAAAGAUUGUUCAAUAUGGUGAAGCAAAUGAAUUAACGAGUGUGAAUGUACUAGCCUUUGAUGAAUUGAGUACGAUUCCAAUAUCAUCAAAUGCCAUGAUCAUUUUUGGAAACGAAACAGAAAUUUACAAAAUAAUGCAAUUGAGAUUAUCCAAAACAGCAACAGUUCCUACCACUAUUAAUGUUGGUAUUUUAUCUGGGUCGUUUACACCAACAUUACAACAAUUAUUGUAUUCUUUGAAUACCACUGCAGUUCCUUAUAAUACCAUUCAACUCCAUGUACCAACUCUCACUUCAGGUCCAAAGAUACAAGAUGAAUGUGCUUCUUCUUCGUUAGAAUCUCAAGCAAUGAAAACAUUUCUCGAUGCAUACCAACUUUCCAAUCCAAAUCACCAAACAGUAGAGGGAUAUUUAACUGGCUACUUUAUUGAAACUUUAUUAGGAAGAAUAUAUCAACAAAAGUUAACAUCUAAGGCAACCACAAAUGAUUUAAUGUCAACUCUUUUUAGUAGUAGCAUUUUUAAUUUGAUGGGUUUAUCAGAGGUUGGACCUUUUGGAUUGGAAUGUAGUGUGGUCUCUGGAACGAGUAGCAGCAGUGAGAAUUUUUUGGCGAACUCGGAUGUUUCAAUCAUGAGCAGCAACACACCAUCAUCGCUUCACUCCACCACUAUACUAACAAACGCUUCAGAUUGUAAUUCAAAAACAUCCACAGUUCAGUAUGGAGAUUCUUGUGAUUGUAAUCAAGGUCCAAGAAAAAUCCUACUCACAAGAUUUGUUUUAACGUCCUUGUCUGCAAUUGCAACUCGUCGUAUGUUCAACGAUGUUCAAAAUUUUGAGUUUGCUUUUAGUACGUGUGGAGUUAAAAUUGUUUAUCCUCUCUUCACCAAGGGACAAAUAGCUGGAAUUAGCAUUGGAAUUGGAAUCAGUUUAAUAUGCUGCUUGUCCAUUGGUGUACUCUGUAGUUACAAGUGUUGUUUCAGAAAAGAAAAUGCUAAACAUGCUCCAAAAUCUGGAAACAUUACCGUUAGUUUUACAGAUAUUCAAAAUUCUACUGUGUUAUGGGAACAAAAUGAAAAAGGAAUGCGGGAUGCUUUGAAAUUGCAUAACUUGGCCAUUCGAAGAGCGUUGGAAGCUUACAGAGGCUAUGAAGUGAAAACUCAUGGAGAUAGUUUUUAUGUUGCAUUUUCAGAUGUUGUAGAUGCAUUGGACUGGUCCAUUGCUGUUCAACAUGCAUUAUUGGAGGUGGAAUGGCCAUCGUCCAUCACUCAAAUGUGGGAUUGUAGAACAGAAUGGGAUGAAAUAACCAAACAAAAAGUUUGGAAUGGUCUUCGUGUUCGAAUUGGUUUGCAUUUUGGACCCUCAGAGAAAAUAUAUGACAAGACUAUGGGGCGUCCUGAUUACUUUGGAACAGCAGUGAAUAUGGCAUCUCGAAUUGAAAGUUCAGCGUAUGGUGGUCAAGUGGUCAUCUCUGAAGAUAUGUUUUUAGAAUUGUGGCGAAAAUUAGGAACAUUUAUUGUGAAAGAUGUUAAAUUUCAUACACAUAAUUUUCAGAGUUAUGUGGAGGAGAUUUCUCGAUUGUUAUAUACUGCUACCAGUGAUUCCAUAUCAGACACAUGUUCAAGUGUUUCUGGUUUAAAUCCUCCUAAACCCAAGUUCUCAAGACAAUUAAGUACUGGUUCAAACUCAUCGAACACCAUGACCAUAACCACGGCCACAGUUGGAGGAGUUUUACGGAAAAGAUAUGUGGCACGACCUAAAUAUGUCUUUUAUGAUCUUGGUGAAUUUAGACUCAAAGGAUUGCAACAAAAAGUAAGGUUGUUUGAUGUGAGAUCGGAUCGAACGAUGAAGCGAUCCUUCCCAAUAUUGAUGAGAAAUCUUGAAAAAGAUCCUUCAUCAUCGGAUCUUGUACAGACUCUCCAAACUGAAGAAGCCUCGACACCCAACAUGGAUCCAGUCCCAAUCCAAAAUUUCAACAAUCGAGUGGUCCCUGUUGUUGCCGAGUCGUCCCAUAUUGGAGAAACCACCAUUAAUGCUUAA